CAUUUUGUGUUGUCUUCUUCCGCAAACAGACCUAGUACUUAAGGUCUAAGGACGUACAAAAAAUACUGUCGUCAUAUUAGGGGCCAAAGGGACAUGAGGAUAUUAAUUAUUGAGCCGACUCGGUAUUAUAAUGUUGUUAGAGAUCUGAACGGAAAGAUUCAGUGGUGUAUCGUGGCCAUUUGAAAUCGGACACCGUUGGCGUAACGUCCUUAGUUCACGCGGAGUGAUACCGUUUUAGGACUGACAAUGUGGAGGUUGUUAAGAUGUCUACUCGAAGGAUGAAAUGGUUUCAAAUGUAGCGACAAAAAGAGACGCGUACGACUUGUAGAGUUUGUUUGGAUGCCGCGAGGUCGCUUUUGUUUAAAUGACGUGGAUUGUGUAACACAUCAAGCGCGAAGGAGAAAAGGAGAUACUGUCGCGCUUUUAUCCGCCGCCUAUGAAACGCUGGUGGGAAAUUAUCUUGAAGUUUAUGUUUUUCCUUCAGGACACCCUAUCUUUUUCGAACUGUUGGAUGCCAGACAUUUGAAAAAAGGGUUCCUAUUGGCUGAGACUCUGUGGGAUGAACCUCCAACAGGAACGAAUGGCUGUGGUGGGGACGGACAAGGAACUGAGCGACCUCCUGGACUACAGUGUGAUGUUUGCGCCCCCUGUGGCCAAUGGGAAGAACAGACCGAUGACACUCGCCAGCAGCCAGUUUGGAAGUUCAGGUUUGGACGAGCGAAGUGGCUCCGCCUCCUGGGGUUCGGGCGAACAGAACAGCCCCUCCUUCAACCAGGGCCGGCAGUAUGGAGAGGACUCUCAUUACAGUGACCAUGAGGGGCUGACUGCCUCUCCUUUUCUCACCCAGGGCAUUGUGGGUAAAAAUGAGCGAGGCUCGUACUCUUUUGGGGCUCAGGCCGGGUUCCUGCCGGACAUGCCCAUGCCCAGCCCGGGCGCCCUCUCCCCCUCCGCACUGAAGUCCACCUCGCACUUCUACUCCUCGUACCCCAGCAACGGCAGGCGACGCCCCCCGGAGGGCACCAUGGACACCCAGCCCAAGAAGAUCAGGAAAGUGCCCCCUGGCCUGCCCUCCUCGGUCUACGUCUCCGCCUCUGGGGAGGACUACAAUCGGGAUGGCGCGGGAUUCCCCGCCUCCAAGUCUGGGACAGCCUACCCCUUCUACAUGCAAGACCCCCCCUCUGAUCCCUGGGGCCAAUCGGCGUACUCCACCAUGCUGGGCAACCCACCUAUCAUGAGCCAGCAGGGCGCCUUCCCUCCAAUCAAUCACCAGGACAGGAUGAAGAGGCAGCCCCUGCCCAUGUCCUCUCAGAACUACCCCCUCCACGGCAGCGAAGUCAACAGCAACCUGCCCUCCAACUUCCACUCUGGGUCAGGGGGGUACGGAGUCUCAAAUCACACGCCCCCCAUCAACGGAGCAGAGGGCAUCAUGGCUGCCGGCCGGGGCACCACGGCGGGGAGCUCUGGGGACGAGAUCGGGAAGGCCUUGGCUUCGAUAUAUCCCUCGGACCACAACAGCAACACCUUCCCCUCCACCCCGUCCACCCCCGGAGGCUCCCCCCAGGGCAUCUCAGCUGCAGCAGCUCAGUGGUCCCGAGCUCCAGGUCAGGCCUCCCUGUCACCCAACUACGAGGGAGGACUGCACGCGCUGCAGAGUAAGAUGGAGGACCGGCUGGAGGAGGCCAUCCACGUGCUGCGGAGCCACGCUGUGGGACAGGGCCCCGGCGGGGGGGGGCCCGACUUACACAGCCUGCUGCACAGCGGGGGCCUGGGGGGGCUGGUGCAGGCCUUCAACAACGGGGGCCUGCCGCUCUCCAACCGCCACCCCGCCAUGGUGAAUAAUCACCAUGACGACUCGGGCCUGUCCCCCGGGGGCGCCCUGCUGCAGGGUCACCACGCCCCGGUGUCUGCGCAGGCCGCCUCCCUGUCUGACCUCGCCCGCCAGCCCGAGGGCUUCAGUGGUGUGUCCGGAGGCGUGGCCCGAGCCGCGCACCCCCCCGGCGGCGAGAUCGUCAAGCGGGAGGACAAGGAGGACGACGACAACUCCUCCAUCACCGACAAGUCUGAGGACGAGAAGAAGGAGGUGAAAAUGGGCCGCACCCGGACCAGAGAAGAGGCGCUUUCCUUCCAGUCUUUGGGCCCGCUGUCGGUCCCUGACGCAGAUCUGGACGAGGAUGACGAGGACCUGCCGGUGGAGGUGAAGGCGGAGCGGGAGAAAGAGCGGCGGGUGGCGAAUAACGCCCGCGAGCGGCUGCGGGUUCGAGACAUCAACGAGGCCUUCAAAGAGCUGGGCCGCAUGUGCCAGAUGCACCUGACCAAUGAGAAGCCGCAGACCAAACUGCUCAUCCUGCACCAGGCCGUCAACGUCAUACUCAACCUGGAGCAGCAAGUGCGAGAGCGGAACCUGAACCCCAAAGCUGCCUGUUUGAAGCGCAGGGAGGAGGAGAAAGUCUCCGGUGUGGUGGGGGACCCCCAGAUGCCCCUGUCGGGGGCCCACCCCGGUCUCCCGGGCGACGGACACAACCCCGUCAGCCACAUGUAAAGCACAGAUCCUGCGGAACUCUCUAGGCUCUCUGAAGCAGUGGCCUUAACAUUCUUCCAACCUUCAUCUCAGCGAGCUCACCAAACACACACAGGCUGUGUAUAUACAAGUAUAUAGAGAUGUGCACGCACGCACACACACACACACACACACACACACACACUGCCCAGACUGCCAAUCUACUGCACUCAUAACUCUUAUGACCAGCUCAAAUGAUUUUGCAUGUGUUUGUAUGUGUACAAACAUACACGCACACACACACACACACACACACACAACAUACACAUUUUGCUUCCAUAUUAAUAUGGAGUUAGCAGAGCGGAGUGUCUGGCGCCUGAGGAGGGAGAGGCGCUCUGACUCCGUCCCCUGGCUGUCCUGCCCAGCGCUCAGAUCGUCCGUAUUUCUCUGCGCGCGUGUGUGGUGUGUGCGCAGAAAACCGUGUCAACAAAUUUGCUUUUUACCUUCUUGUUUUUGGAACAAAUUGUUUGGAGCAGUUGCUCUCGUGAGCAAACGAGGAUUUUUUUUUUUUUUUUUUUUUUUUUUUAAAUGACUGUUUUCUUUUUAUGAAGUAGUUUUGUCAUUCCCAGCUGAGGAACAAACGAGGCCGUUGUGUGUUCUCCACGGACGGUCCUUUCCCCCGGGACGUCCCGCCGGAGAGGGGAGCCGCCCUGGCAGUUUGAGUGUCAGUCACUCAGCGAGGGCUGGGGGGGCGGGGGGGGGCGGUCCUCCGGGAACUGGAGCUUGGGGGCUGAGAGUGAUCCCAGGUAGAUAAAACGCAAAGUGCUGUUUUAAAGCACGUUUUUACGCCCUGAGCAAGUUCCCAUACCCUCCAUUUUACUGGUCUUCACAUUUUUAUACUUUUUAGUUUUUUUUUUUUUUUUCCUUCUCUGAUGAACGUCAGUGACCAGACGGAACAGAACUCUUGAGGACGUCUGCAGAUACAAACUGAAUUUCAACUUUGAUCAGCCUUCCCUGAGGGGGGGGUGGGGGGGGCAGAGCGCUGUGUGGUGGUCAGGGGUGUUUCCUGGUCUUCUGCCCCCAGAACUGACUGAUAAAGAGAGGCAGCUGCGAGAGGGGGCUCCUCACGGACUUCAGGAGGAGCUCCAGCAGACAGGCCUGUCUGGGGACCCCCCACCCCCCCCCCUGCAAAAUGCCACACCCCCUACCCCGCCCACUCCAGGAAAUGACAUCACAAUCACUCUGGCUUGCAGCUUUUUUAAAAAAAAAAAAAUUCCUUUGCAUCAUUUCAGAAAGACUUGAACUGAAACCCUGUGCAGAGAAGAAAAGAGAAAAUCUGACCUGUGGACCCUGCAGCCACCCGCUUCUCAGCCUCUGUGCCCGGCUGUGCUCGGCUGUGCUCGGCUAUGCCCGGCUGUGCCCGGCUGAGUGCCCGGCUGUGCCCGGCUGUGCUCGGCUGUGCCCGACUGUGCCCGGCUGUGCCCGACUGUGGUGUGUGCUGGGCUCAUCCUCCUCUCCUUUACUUGGUUGUUUUUUCUCUGUGCUGAGAGACGCAGGCACAGGCUCAGAGUUUCCGGCAGCGAAGCGGUGGCGGUGUAAACUUAGGUCCAGUUCAUGCGUACAUAAAACCCCUAUGUAAGAUGAACAAAAUAUAUAUAUUUUUAAUAGACUAUACAGUGUAGAUUUUAAAGAAAAAUACAAAAAAAAAGAAAGAAAAAAGUGGUGGAGGAGGGGAGCGUAAAGUUGGAGUGAUGUUGAAAGAUGAAUACGUGGAUACAUGGUCCUGAUUGGGUUAAUGGCAGCCAUUUUAAUUUCCUUUGAGAAAGCCACGAUUAAGCCUGAAAAAAAAGUGUGGGACUGUGUACAAUUUCGCUGGCUCUGUUUUGAAAGAGCACGGAAGAUGAUUUAUUAAAAAAUAAAUGAAUAAAAAAAGGUUAGGGCAUUAGGAGCUUUGAAUUUUGAAAUGAUUUCACUUGUUAAACUGACUAAAUUGUAAAAUACAGUGUGAGAAGAUAAAUUCCAUCGCUGGAAUAGGAGUCUCUGGGUUAUUUUUUGCCCUUUUGUAAUGGGGAGCGCUCUGCCCGGCUGUGGGGUGGACUGAUUUACUUCCCAAAAUGAGUCGGACAGAAAUGAGAGAGAAAUGAGUCGUUUCGUCUGCUCGGAUUGUAUUUUUAUUUUUUUAUUUUUAUUUUCAAUGGAAGUAAUGUAUCCGUAACCCGCCACAAACCUGUGACAGUUACAGGGUUGGUUGGUUGGGGGUUGGGGUGUGUGACGGGGUGGGGGGAGGGGGGGGAGGGGAGUCACAAAAAAGUAUGAAUUUUAAAAAUGCCCUUGUAGCCCAUUUCACCUGUGUGUAUUCCACAGGAGUCUGAAGCAGGACGUUCUCCCUGAGAGGAAAUAUGCAACAGGUUUUGAAUGUAGUGUUUUGUACAGGGGUGGGGGAGGGGAGGGGGGGGGCUCUCCUUUCAAUAUCACUGGGUUGUUCUGCAUUAAGUAUCCCUUUCAGUUAUUUUCCUGAGCACUACAAUAUGAAAUACAGCUCCAUUUUGCCCCCCCCCCCCUUCUUCGUUCAGUGGGUCAUAGUUAAAUAAUUCAAAUUAAUUAGCAUCACAUCCUGACUUGUCUCUGGGAGGGAGAUGCUGUGGAAAGUUGGGAAUGUAUUUUUGAGUUUUUUUUAUUUUUAUUUUUCAGUAAAUGCAUGUGUUCUCUGCAGUCCUUGCCCUGAUAGACCUACCUAACAAUGGUAGGGGGUAGUACUGUCAUCUGACCACGAGAGGCAGAUGUGCAGCCCAUCUCUCAAUGUUGUACUGGUUUUGGGGGUAAAAUGUAUUUUGUGGGGAGGGCAGGGAUCAAUAGAGUGGCCUUUUCAUUCUCGACUCCAGACGUCAUGAUUGGAGAGUGAUACCUUAUCAGUGCCUGAACUUUUUUCCCCAGUUCACACAACUUUUUAAUUUUUUUAAAUAUUAAACUUGAUUCAAUGGUAUUGCUGACACUUCUGGUAUGCCCUAUGUUUUUCUUAUUCUUAGUUUUAAGAGUACAUUUACAAAUUCACAAGAAAGUAUUGGGACAUUUUUUUCCCCCCCAUUACAUAGAUCCAUUUUUUAAAUUGAACAUGUACAAUUUUGAGCGCAAAAAAAGAGAAACUCUUCAGAAUGUUUAUUUUGUGGUUUUUAUUUUUAUUUUUUGUAAUUUAAACUCUGGGUUCAAAACAUUUCUUUUGCUCCUGUUUAGGUAGUGCUGUUGAGCAAUGCUCAAAGCCCUUGUGUUUUUUUUUUUUUUUUUUCCGGUGUGUUGAAUAGGCUGAGCGUUGCUGAUGGGUGCGGUCACAGCAGCUGGUUUCAAAGAGACGCCCCAUUCCACUGGCAGUUUGCCCGUCUGUCUGUUGCCCCCACCAUCUCUGUGUCGGGGAGGGGCUCACUGCUUUCCGAUUGGCUGUCCACCGCCUGGCACAGUGUUCAAACUUUGCAUAUUUCACCAAAAAAUUUUUUGGCGGUGUUUCAAUAUUUACACGGGCGUAUGUCCUGGUCUCACCACCUUCAGAGAGGCUGGACUUAAGCAAUUCAGCCAUUCACCCCAUCCCCAAACACAACUGGGAGCUGUGAGGAUGAUCUGUUGCAUCUUGGGAUAUGUAGUCUUCAGGAUAGGCCAGAUGCAAUGGAACACCUGUCAUUUUCCACACUUCCCUUGACAGAUGCACGCUGCAGCAUAAUCUGCCAUUUUACAGAUACAUUCGGGACACAGAUAGUGCCUCCAUUCUCAGUUUCUUAUUUUUUAUAAAUAUAAAAGUAGCUAACGAGAACUGUCCUGUAUAUAACAGUAAUGUAGCAAUAAAUGUGCCAUUUUUAAUAACAGAAAUAUACCUUUUUCAAUGUCUGUCUUUUGAAACUUGUAUACUUAAAAAUAAAGAAAAAAAACAUUGUAAUAAAGGUUUUCCCAAAACAUGAAA